CAACCGGCGAAACAGUCCGAAACUGACAGUCACACCAAAACGAAACGGUGCGUUUGCCAAACAAGACGUAUUAUUUUUGUGUUGUAGACACAAAAUUCCAACACCUCGCUGCUGCGCGAUCGAAAAAUGUGAAGCACGAUCAACAACGGUUUUAAGCGCCACGAACGACUCACGGACGACAGUUGCUGGUGAAAGAAAGUUUUGGCAAAUCACGGUGUGUGUGAGUGUGUGCGCGCAGCGUUUUUUUUCUGCCAAUGAAGCAGAAUAGCGCAACGUGAGAGAAAGCAUCACAUCGCGCGCAGAGUGCUUGUGGCCCAAAGCAAACGAGGCAACGAAGGGACUGCGAGGGAAGGAACCGCGCGCGCCAUUCGUGUGUGUGUGUGUAAAAGUGGAGGGCAAAACCACCCCCUCUCCCUUGCUGAACGACCAUCCCCAUCACCUGCUACGGUGGCCGAACGAACCAGACGAACUGGAACAGCUAACAGGAGGCCACAGAGCAAAUCUCUCCACUAACCGAUCGCGGGCCUAGACGAUCUGCUGCUGCUACCCCUCUGCUACAUCGCACCCUGUGUCAGUAAAUAACGACGAAGAAGAAGAAGCAGAAGACAAAGGAGAACAGCAGGGGCAACGAAGUGAACUAUAACGAAACCACACUCAGGAUCUCACAGACUAUGGAUCCAAUGUUUUUUCCACCCUCCAAUGGAGUUCCUUCAGAGAGUAAACUGGCAACGUACAUGAGUCGUCAAAAUGGAACGACUGCCGCGUACGGUCUGCCGAUGGGUCUCUCCAAGAUUACUCUCGAUUCUCCUAUAUCGCUCAAAAAAACACAGGUGACCCCACAGUCGCCAGAAUUCAUUCCAAACAAUCGACUGAGCACGUCCUCGUCGCCGAAUUUCUACUCGUCCUAUUCGAUACUUAGCAGCAACAAUGGCACCGCCGGCAGCAACGGCACGGUCGUGGCCACCGCCCAACCGUCCCAGCAGUCGACCGUCGUCCCGACGGUCAUGUCCUCCGUGGUAAAGAGCGCCGUCAGUAACGGUGGCUAUGUUGGGCCCGGUAGUGGAGGUGGUGGUGGUGGUGGCGCAGUACCCGGCAAUAUACUGGCCGGUGCACUCAGCAGCACAUCCGCCUUUGCGGUCACUCCAAUCAAGGGACGAAACCUGCUGCGAAACGAAUCACCGCAAAGUACUAAUACAUCCCCCCGUAUUACGCCCCAACCUUCACCACCGCCAAUUACCACCAACAUUCAUCAAGAAAAUGUUGGUGGCACUACGUACUUUUACCCAACGGCAGCCAACCAUCAAUUAACGCCGAGCAGUACAGUUAACACGACUGAUAACUCCUUUGCCCACAUAGCAAGCUCACAAAUUAAUCUAAGUUACACACAUCCAGGACACGUUUACCCGGGACCUGCCUCGCACGUUAUCAAUAUGCAAUCGAAGGCACAAGUGUCGGCUGCCUUCUUCAUGCAGGACGAGCUGAGGAACGAUAUUUUAGCGCGAAACGAAAUCGUAAACAGUAUCGAAAACGACAGUCAAGAUAUACCUCUUGAAGUGGAAAACUAUCACUCGCUGUGUUUGCUCGAGUCAUUGCCGCUUCAUCCGAAGCUUCCACUACCGUCGUCCACGUACCGGGCAACGCAUGCCGUGACCGGCGUCAAGUACUGCUUACGGCGUCUUCACGGUUUCCGUCUACAGUCCACCAAGUGUAUGCAGGUGGUGGAUAAAUGGAAAAAGUUACAACACUCAAACAUUGUGCAGCUACGCGAAGUGUUUACUACGAAAACUUUUGGUGAUAAUUCUUUAGUAAUAGUGUACGACUAUCAUCCUGGCUCACAAACGCUGCUAUCGAAGUACUUCGCAUCCGUACCCGAAACAAACGGUUACACCGAUCCAUUCGCCGGAGAAGCUCGUCCUUUUAGCCACAAAAGUUCUCUACACCGUACCGCCGCCACGUCACUCCUGCCAGAAAAUGAAAUUUGGUCAAUUAUCAUACAGCUGAGUGCGGGCUUACGUGCGAUACAUCAGGCUGGAUUAGCUUGUCGAACGUUGGAUCCGACAAAAAUCAUUGUGACCGGCAAACGGAUACGAUACAGUUGCGUGGGUAUAUCGGAUAUUUUUACCUUCGAUCCUAACCAACAAAAUCAGCUGUCGGUGUUAGAUCAUCAGCAACAGGAGGAUCUUCUGGCACUAGGAAAGCUAAUACUAGCGUUAGCUUGCCGUUCCCUACAAUCGGUCCAACGGGAUCAAAUUCAAAGCAGCGUCGAGCUUGUAUCCCGUCAUUACUCUUCAGAUCUUAGAAAUAUUUUAAUAUGUCUUCUGAAUACAAACACCCGCCGCUCGGUAACGGAGAUCAUGCCCAUGAUCGGUGCCCGAUUUUAUGUGCAGCUCGAUGCACUGCAAGCCCAAUGUGAUAUUCAGGAAGAUGAACUAGCGAAGGAGAUGGAAAACGGUCGGCUUUAUCGGCUGCUUGUGAAGCUCGGUUGCAUCAACGAACGGCCAGAACUCAACCUGGACGUAACGUGGUCCGAAACUGGGGAUCGCUACAUGUUGAAGCUGUUUCGGGACUAUCUCUUCCACACCGUCACCGAGGAUGGACGUCCGUGGCUGAAUCAGUCCCAUAUCGUACAGUGCCUCAACAAGCUGGACGCUGGCACGAUGGAAAAGGUACAACUUAUGUCCCGUGACGAACAAUCAGUAUUAGUAGUGACCUAUGCUGAGCUGAAGCACUGUCUCGAUCAGGCAUUUUCCGAGCUGGUAGCAGCCAGCGAAGGUGCCGUCUAGUGGCCAACAAGCUUCUCCGCGGUGAUACGGUGCGCCGGAUGAAUGUUUACUCUCAUCUAUUCGUGUAUUUUGCGCUCGAUAGACCCCCUCCGAUAUGUGCUCAAUAUCGGCAACGGUGAUUUGAAGAACAACGACGAAAAUGCUUUUCAUAAUUCGUCAUCCUUCACACCAUCUGCAGGCGUACAGUUGGAGAAUAGAAUAGAAAACAAACAAUUAUUUUCUGUUGUUUUAGGCAGCAUCGGGAAGGAAGAGAAACGGUAUGAUGGUCCGGGAAGAACAUGGAAACCAUAUGCAAGGUUUAUAUAAUACCCCCUCCUAAAAGUUAUAGACUGAUUGAAAAAAAAAACAAGAAAACACAUUAGUAAAUGUAUGUACAACAACGACUUCAAGGUGUGAGUUGUCAGGUGUGAUACAAUUAUAUAGUA